AUCUGAGCAAGUUAGUAUCCUUCUCUCAAUCUCUUUCAGUUCUUCUUUGGAAACAUGAGUGCAUAGAUACAUUUUCGUCGUUGAUUUUCACAUGUUUUCCAUCUUCUCUGAUUAUCUGGUCUAUUCAGUUUCAUGAUUUUUGAACUUCUUGACCUUUUCCCAAGUUGAUAUUUUAUUGGUUUCUUUUUAUUUCUAAUGUUACUCUUUAGAACUUCAUCUCAUAGAUCAAUCUUUGACUACGAUUUUUUUUAAAAAUGUGCUCGAUCGUAUUACAGGUAUUUGAUAUCUUUAAGUAAACACCAUUUCCUUAGUUAGCGUAUUUGUUUCAUUUUCAAUCCAUAUUAAAUGUGCUCAGUAUUAUAAUGGCAGGGUAGAACCAUGAGUGGGUAUGCUAGAUGCAAUCAUUAAACCAAAUGAUUGAAAGAAUCAGGGAAUUGUGAGACCUCCCAUGGGAUGGUCAAACCCAAAGUCUUCCUCUGCCUUUUAUUGAUCAGGAGAGUUUAGAUUCCAUUUCGUUUUUACUCAACUGUGUGUUUCAGAUCACCGAGGGUCAUUGUUUUAUUUAUGAGAAUAAAUAGCUUUGUCAUAAUAUAUGAACACUUAUAUCGUUUUUAUAAUCCAGCUUUCUUAUAUGGUGGUGGACUUGCUGAUAUGGUGGGGCAUAAGAAGUUAUAUUAAUGAUCUCAGGAAAAAGAAGCUUAGUCUUCCCCCAAUUACAUAUUUCAGUACAUACCGUGGUUCCAUGGAGGUACGGUUGCUCUCUGUCUUGCUAUAUAAAAAAGGAGGACUCUAGGUGUUCGUGAAUUUGCCUCACUGAGUUUUUUCUUUGUGAUGGUAUUCCUGUCCAAUUUCUGCUUUUCGUCGCAGUGAUAUUGCUCCUCAACUUGGUGACUUGGUGAUGUAGUUCGCCCUUCAAGUUGUAAAUCACAGAAUAUAUGAAAAUAGAGGAGAGGACCGACGGCCUAUUUUUUAUCUUAAUGGGGUGGACUCUUGCUCUUUAUUGUUAUCCACCUAUUUAUGGCCGAGGUAGAGCACUAUUGUUCACCAUUUCCUCAUGCGAUGACGAGAAGCUGCCAGGCGGAACCAAUACGUAUGAAAUGCAUAAUGUUGCCUGCAGUGAUGCUCUUAUGAAAGGCUGCAGUGCUUUGAGCACUAUGACAUGCUUCUUGACAUUCAAAAUCUUUUUGAGUAGUCAAGGGGGGCCUGUUUGGUCUAUCAAAGAUAACAUUGGGAGCUGCUUUGAACAAAAUCAGACGAAAUAGCAAAUGGGAGCAACAACCUUUAACUCAAUAUCAGCUAGAGUAUGCUGCACUGGAUGUUGCCAUCCUCCAUAUAUUUCGUCAUGUUCGUGGUCACACAUAGCCUGCUGCUGGGGUUUCCUCUGAUGGGCAUAACAAAAUUGAGUGGAAAUCUCACGUUACAUCACGCAUUGAUAGACCAAGAAAGUCAAAGGGCAAGAAGAGUAGGUUUGGCAAAGACCCGGUCAGUCGGAUUGCGAGUGAUUGCAACAUGGCAUGAAACUUGUGUGAAGUAAGUAGCUUCACUUUAGUACGAUUCUUCGGUAAACUUUUCAUAUUUUCUAAAUAAUGUAUUUAUGCAAUUAGCUUUCCCACUUUGAGUUCACUGAAUACACAUUUGAAC